UAUCUUAUAGGGAAAAAGCAGUCAUGCAUAUAUGUCGCUUUUCUUUGAGGAAAAAAUUUUUUCAGGCAGUUUUUUUGGACGCAUUUUAGCAAAACAGUGAAUUUUCCAUCUGUUAGCAUCGGUCUUUGGAAGAUUCCUAACAUCAAUGAAUCUUAAUGAUAUCAGAGGGCCAGAGAAUCUAAUUUGGUCUUCGAGUGCUAUUUGUGUUGUCUAUGCGCCGAUUCCGCUCUGACGCAAGGAAUCUUCCAUCCCACGAAGAACUGAAGGAGGUUCUGUAAAUUCAAAGGAUAUUUGAAAUUAGCUUUUCUUGAAACGUGACUGGAAUUUCUACCGAUCCUUUCAAAACCAGUUUGGAAUAGUGCACUUUCUUCCUCGGUAUUUCGUACGUGAACAUGUGGCAUUCCUGGUAAGGUUACUCCAAUGUCAGAUGCCAUUUGUCUCGUAUUCCCAGAAAGAUUUUCAUUGUAAUCAUUACAAAAGUUAUUAAUUAAUAGAAGUUUGUCGAGAAAACUUCGAAUGCAACUUAGAGUCUUCACGUGAGGGUAGAAACGUAAGCACUUGUCCUUUAACUGAAUGACGUAACAGAAAACGACCAUUUACUUAGUGGUUUUAUUACUGAUACGCCAUAAUGAUUUUCGUUGUUGUUAUAGAAUCGUUGAGCGACUUCGCACAUUAUAUAUGUAAGCCAAUUGCGUGAUGCUCUGACAUUCCUAUCAUCUGGCAGGCUGAUGAGCUAAAAGGGAAAACGAUCAUCGUAUUGGAUCUUAUACCUUAGACAUGGAUGCUAUUUCUGAGCAAGAGAACGGCGAAAACGCUUCUAGAUAUGGUAAUGUGAAAUUUGGCAAGCAAGGCCUGGGCUGUGGAGCAUUAAUAAGAGGAAGAAAAAUCAUUUCCUAUCGAAUCCUCGCUUCCUACGAGAAAGCGUUAGAAAGGUUCGGACUUUUUCUUUCGCGAAGAUCAUCUGUAAUCUUCCUAUUGUGGCUCAUAGUAAUUUUCGGAAGUUGCCUGGGAUUUAUUCGACUCCGUACCGGGCACGACUCUUUGGAGCAUUUCAUAGCCAAAAACAGCCAAUCCAGGCAAGACCUACAUAGUUCAGCAAGACUCUUUCCUCUUCUGGAUGCGCGCCAAGAGCAGGUCAUCAUGAUUCCUAGACGCGGUCAGAAUAUUUUAAGUGAAGGUUGCUUAGACGAUGCCUUACGUGUGCACCAAGCUGUACUGAACAUAAGUGGCUACAAAGAAUUGUGUUUUAAGCGAAUCCCUUCUAAAAAAGGGAUAAGCAUCACUAAACAAGAAUGUGUUAUCAGUGGUCCUUUCGAACUAACUGGUGGUCGCUUCGAAAAUCUAAGCCACGUUUCGUCAAUUCUGUACCGCGAGCUGAAAGACCCUACCAUAGUCCUAUCCACCGGACAAACAUUUAAUUCUUCGUCCAGUCAAAUUUUCAGUAAUCUAAAGUUUCAAUCCAAGACAGCUCCAUUUACUGCUAUGGCAGAGGCUCUAAGAAUCAUUUACUUUAUUAGGAAGACAACCAACGUUGCUGAGGACCAGGAAGUCUCAAUUUUUGAAACAAGGUUUGGUAGUGUCCUCUCGUCCUUAGAAAGUAGCCUGAAAUGUGUAUCGACUACCUUCAAAACCGCUAAUACGAGAGAAGAAGCCUUGAAAAACAUGCUCAAACCAGAACUCCUACCAUUGCUCGUGUCGGCUUUGAUAGUGUUAACUCUUGUCUUCAUUGUCACAUACCUUUCUUCUGUCACUCUGAGCUGCCUGGCAACAAUAAUCCUGGUGAUUUCGUCAGUUUUCUUGCCGUUAAUUUGCGCAGCAGGCGUCAUUUCUAUGACAUGCACCACACUAUUCCCCUCUUCAUUAUUUAUUCCCUUUCUACUUUUUGGCAAAGCAACUUCAGACGUAGUUCUCAUCUUAGGGGAGUGGGAACGACAUCGCCUACCAUCACUUGAACAUCGUGUCAGUAGCUGUGUGACAAGGACAGGUUUUCUCUCUGCAUCCUGGGCAUUAUGUGGAGCUAUUAUUCUAGGAGUGUCUGUCAAGUCUUCCUUUGACGUUAUUUCCAAUUUCUUCUCGAUGACUGUUAUAGCGUUUAUAGUUCUCUCAGCUGCUUCAUUCAUAGGAACAAUAACUUUAUUAAUGUGCUUUGAGAGGAGGAUGAAAGAGCUAAAAACGUCCCGUCUGUGGUGUCGUAAUACGAAGUCAGCGUUACCCAAUCUUGGAGAAUUGCGAAAGAGAUCAGCACAAAGGCUUUCGAAAGUUCUGGCAAAAAAAUUGACUUCAGUUGCUGGUAAAGCUCUAUCGCUUGUCGUACUGGUCGGAAUUAUAAUAGUGUGUGUGGUAACUGCCUUACAGCCUCUCGAAAGAACGAAAAGUACAGAUUCACUUCACCAAAAUGACAAUUUUGAGAAAUUUAGAGAAGAACAAAGAAAGUUUUUUGGCAAAGAAACUGACACAACCAUCGUUUUUCCAGAUACAGUGGACUAUUCCAAGAAUAGCGUACAAAACGAAGUUAUUAGUACUUGCAAAAUGCUAGGAGAGGCUGCAUACAGUGAAGGAAGACCUCGAUGCUGGAUGACAGCCUUACGCCAUUAUGCGAAGACUAAAGAUAGAAACUGCUCGGAUUUCGAUUUCCACAACUGUUUGGAAGCCUUCCUUAAUGAGUCCCAUAACAUGUAUUUUCGUCACGAUUUGGUUUUAAAAAAUCAAAUGCUCAGCCCUCGCAUUUUGGCAUCUCGUUUUCAUCUACGAAUUGGGUUGCAUGACCGAUAUCGUGAAGAUAGAACAGUCCUCGAGAAACUGAGAAAAGAUUUGGCGACAGUGCACUCCCUAAAUCCCAUUGUAUUUUCAAAUUCCUUUUUGGAACUGGAUGAUAUUUUUUGGCUAGAGAAAGACACAGUCCUUGUGCUCGGCAUUUCUAUCGCCUUAACAUUCAUCAUCUCUAUGCUUUCAAGUGCAAGCUUCAGAAUCGGCGCCUACCUGGCCAUAACAUUCUGCGCUCUCGUGCUAGAAACUGCAGCCAUCAUGGCUCUUUGGAAGAUUUUUCUGAACCAAAUUUCAUUCAUCGUGCUCAUGGUCACAGUUGUUCUUUCAUUAAACUUCAAUUUUCAAGUAGCCCAUGCAUUUGUAUUCUCAGCAGAACAAACUGUGCGAGAUCGCAUGAUUGAAGCACUAAACUCUGUUUGGUAUUCUGUGUUAGUUGCGGGCCUCAUUGCGUUGUCUGGUUCUAUGUCAUUAGGGUUUAUUUAUCCCUUUUUAUCGGAGAUUUUUCAUCGAGUCGUCCCGAUGGUCUUGCUUUUAGGACUGAUGCACGCCUUCGUUAUUUCACCACCAAUCAUAGUUCUAUUUCUCCAUUUCCUGGACAACGUGAUUUAUCAGAAUAACUAUAAUGUCCUACCUGAACAAAGUGACAAAUUAGGCGGCAUAUCCUUGCAUUCACUAGAUGAUCAUGCAAAACAACAAAACUCUAAACGCCCCGGCAUUUCCAUCGUUGGUAUCGGUUGCAGAUUUCCUGGGGCAAGCGAUAAGGAUCGAUUUUGGACUUUGUUAGAGCAGGGAAAGAGUUCGAUCGAUGUAUUCCCUCAAAACAGAGCGGAAGCGGAAGCAUUCUCUAGACUCUAUCACCCCAAACGCUUUGUAAGUGGACGCCUUUGUGCCGUGAGUGGUUCCUACCUGAAGGAAAUACAAAACUUUGAUAACAAAUUCUUUGGUAUUUCAAAUCAAGAGGCUCGUGGAAUGGACCCUCAGCAAAGAAUACUUCUUCAAGUUGUGUACGAGGCCAUUGAAGAUGCUGGAUUGCUCCUGGAAGACCUUCAGCGGUGUAAAACUGGAGUUUUCGUUGGUGUGAUGAAUCUUGAAUAUGGGGCUCUUAUAACAGAUCCAUCAAACUAUAGUAAUAUUGACCAGUUUUCGUCGACGGGUUUGACAGCAUCCAUUAUUGCCAAUAGAGUAUCCUUCUGCCUAAACCUAACAGGACCAAGUAUUGCUGUUGACACUGCGUGCUCCUCAUCAUUAACUGCACUUAAACUAGCCUGCGAUAACCUCUAUAGUGGAGACUGUGAUAUAGCUGUCGUUUGUGCACCGAAUAUUGUUCUCAACCAUGCUAUGCAGAUGGUAUCGAGUAUCGCCGGCCUCUUAGCGCCUGACGGGCGUUGCAAAAGUUUUGAUGCUUCUGGUGAUGGUUAUGGACGGGGGGAAGGUUUUGCAGCAGUUAUUUUGAAACUUUCGAGUGCAGCUUCUAGCGAUAAAGAUGAUCAAUAUUGCGAAAUCAUUGCUUGUGGUAUGAACAAUGACGGGCAAAAUGCUGUGCCGAUGACUGCUCCGAGUGCAAAGAUGCAAGCGCAGUUAUCCAGAAUGGUAUUAGAACAGUCAGGACUGGCUCCAGAGGAUGUGGAUUACUUCGAAGCUCAUGGUACUGGCACUGCAAUUGGAGAUGUAGUUGAGGUCACCUCCAUAGCUGAUACUUACACUAAAAGAAAUGGAAACCUAAAACGAAAGCUACGAGUAGGCUCGGUAAAAUCAAACCUAAAUCAUACUGAAUCAACCUCUGGUCUUGCUGGGCUGAUAAAAGUCGCUCUAAUGAUAAAGAACAAGAGGCUAGUUCCAACUGUUAAUGUGCAUGUACUGAAUCCCAAGCUUAAAUUAGAAGACAAGGGCCUUGUUGUUCAACAAACCAGUGAGCCCUGGAGCACACAAAAUGGAAAACCACGAACAGGGGCGGUAAACUCAUUUGGUUACGGUGGAUCAAACGUACACGUUAUCCUUCGAGAAGUCACCCCACACAAGAGCCUGCAAGAAGAAAGUAUCAAACGUUUAAACCGCGUUCUCACUUUCUCCGCGCGGUCGAAGGAAGCUCUUCAGAAAAUGGUGCACUACUAUUCUGAAUGGCUCAGAGAUCAUAUUGAUGGCCGAGAUGAAAAUUUGGUCGCAGACAUGUGCUACUCUUUAAAUGAACGUCGUAGUCAAUAUCCCCACCGCCUUGCAGUUGUCUUUAGUUCGACUGGUGAAGCCUCCAAGUACUUAGCGGACUAUGCUGAAGACUCCCCAGGAUGGAAUAAGUCGGUAGUAUAUGGUGAGGUAGACUCCAGUGAUUCCAAAAUAGUUUUCAUGUUCGGUGGACAGGGUUCUCAAUGGUAUGCAAUGGGAAGACAAUUAAUGGAAACAGAGAGAGUCUUCAGAGAGGCUAUUCUGACCGUAAGCAAGGAAGUUAAAGCCUUAGGGGUAACUUGGUCACUCAUAGACGAGCUUCUAGCUCCAGAAGGAAAAUCAAGAAUCUCAGAAAGCUGCAUCGCCCAGCCAGCAACAUUUGCUGUGCAGUAUGCGACAGCGCGUUUACUGAUGUCUUGGAGAAUAUUUCCUUCUGCUGUCGUUGGCCACAGUCUGGGAGAGUUUGCAGCAGCCUGCAUUUCCGGGACAAUAACAGUCAAAGAAGCGGUAGAACUGGUAAUUAUUCGUUCCACCUUACAAGAAAGCUGUCCUGAUAAUGGUGGUAUGGCUGCUCUAGGAAUGUCUGAGGAGAACGCCAGUUCGUUACUGACAGAACUAAGGUUGAGCACUACACUUAACAUCGCCGCAGUCAAUGAUGCGAAAAGCGUUACUGUAUCUGGUGAUUCUCAAUCAAUUGAAGCCCUUGGUGAGCACUUGAAAACCCAUUCUCCAGGUACAUUUUGGCGUGUUCUUGGGACAAAACGAGCAUUUCAUAGCUCACAUAUGGAAGUUAUAAAGAAACCUUUCCAGGCAGCCAUGAAAAGUAUCAAGCUAAAGCCUCAACUAUCUAAGAUUCCGAUGUACUCAACUGUAAAAGGUGAUCUUCUUUCCGGUAAAAAGUUCGAUAGAGAUUAUUGGUGGAAAAAUAUACGCUGCCCCGUCCAGUUUUAUCCAGCAACUAAGAACCUUUUGAGAGAUGAUUACAGGCAGAUAAUUGAGAUCAGUACACAGCCUAUUCUUGCCCACUACGUCAAACAGAUUGCUCUUCAGGAAAAUCUUAAAGACGAAGAAAUGCCAAUUGUCGUGGCAACACUUCCUCGGAAAAGAGUACCUGUCUCAGAUCAACAUAAGAGUUUUAUGCAAACAACUGUAUGUACGUUGUACACACUAGGAUUCCCUAUAGACUGGAAAUGCGUUCAAGGAACUCUAUCAUCUAAGUUUGUUCGGCCGAUUAGCUACCCAUGGCAGGAGAAGAGCUUUUGGUAUAGGGAGCGUUCACCCCAAGAGAUUAUCUCUCCUAUAAGUUGUGAAAGGACCUCAAAAAGGCCGGCACAUCCUUACCUAGGACAGGUGAAAAUGACCGACCCCUAUUCAGGCCUAUAUUGCUGGGAAACUGAGAUCGACCUUCAUCGUUUUCCAAUUCUUAAGGACCAUGCCCUGAUUCAGGGAGGUACCGUGAUGCCUGGAGCUGCUUACCUAGAGAUGGCCUUUGCCAUGCUGAAAGACAAGUUUGUAGAUGUUACUGGUUUAGAACUACGUGAUGUGAAGCUCUCUAGUCUCCUCACCUUGCCAGAUACACAGGUUCGCUUGCUGAGGUUGCGUCUUAUGAAGAGCGACAGAGUUAACGAAGCCACGUUCCACAUCACAAGUGUUCAAGAUGAUCAGUCUGAAAUUAAACUAAGUAGUGGAAAUACAUCAAUCGAUCUUAUACACAGACAAGAGACGUGCGGUUGUGAAGCUCCCGAUGGAAUUUCCCCAGCAGUAAGAACUCUGAUGGAUCACAAGGAGAAAAUGCCGAUGGUUCGCUUCAAACAGGUAACAGAGAAUUUUGGAUUUAAGUAUGGGCCCAACUUUUCUCUCAUCAAACAGAUCUGGCAUGGCAACAACGAAGGACUUUGUUUGCUAGACAUUAGUGAAUCACCGGAUAUUCAAUCAGACAGAGGAAGCUUUGUGAUCCACCCUUCAAUUUUAGAUGCGUGUCUUCAGUCCUGCUUUGUUCCCCUUGGAAGUUCUUCAGUGGAAGACAAGUCAAUUGUGCCGGUGGGCUUCAAGAGCAUCACACUGAACCGAGUCCCCACUACCAGCCAAAUGUAUUGUCACGUUACCGCGGAUGUAAAUGAGUUCGGGAGAUUUGAUGUCAGGCUUCUGAGUCCGUCUGGAAAAGUUUUGCUUUCCAUGUUUGAGUUUCGCAUAGCAGAGUUAACAAGUUCACCACGUCAACUUGCAUUUGCCGAUCUUGCCUAUGAAGUACAGUGGAAGGAAGAAAACCUAGAAAGGCAGCAAGAAAAUGCCCAAAACAUGAUUUGCAUCGUCCUAAAGGACUCCUCCAACUUUUCAGAUUCCUUAGUAACAAAACUUGAGAAAGAAAACGCCAAUGUUAUCACAAUUGACCCACCAAGUGACAGAUUCUACAACAACGAAACACGAGAAUCAAUACAGGCUGCGUUCUCGAACAUUGUACCUAGCAAUUCGUCCAGCCUAAAGGUCGUCAAUAUGUGGCCUAUUGAAACGACUUUUCUGCCAGAUAGCUUCGAAGUCAUUAAUCAAGCUGAACAACUCGCCUUCAGUAGCUGUGUUUUCUUACUUCAGCUCCUUCUUGAAAAAGGGGGUUCGGAUCCACGCUUAUUCUUCGUUACUGAGUCUACUCAGACUUUGGAUUCCUGUAACAAGUCUUCUGAGGCAACGUCAAUUCCCUGGGGUUCCACAGUUUGGGGUCUUCGAAGGACCGCCAACCUCGAGGAAUUUAAUGUAAGGGUCACAGCUGUUGACCUUUGCUCCAAGAAGAACAUGUCUGAUGUGGAUUUGUUGGUAAGUGAAAUUGUGUGCGACAGCAAAGAAGACGAGGUGGCUUUCAGAGAUGGCAAACGGUUUAUAAAUCGCCUUAUCAGAGCAAACGUGUAUGACAAGAAAACUGUAAAUGACAGCAAAAGUGAACAGAGGAAUUCGUUUUGCAUAUCAACUAUGCCUUUGUCUGGAAAAAUCUGCCUUCGUGACCAGAGUGUCUCAAAGCCUUCGCAGUCCGAACUCACUUUGGAGGUGCUGCAUUGCUGGAUACCAUCUGAAAACCUGAGUGACAUAACCAAACCAAAAGAUUGCGUAUUCGUGGUUGGGAAAGUAACACAUCUACCAGAGGAGAACAAGCACAGUUUCAAAGUUGGGGAUGAAGUGUGUGGAGUCAUUCCGUCUGGACGAGUUUCCCGAUCUAUUUGCAUCCAAGCCAGCAACGUAUUUCCAAAACCAAUCAUGAUGACGACAGAACAAGCUACAUUCCUUCCUCCUUGCCUAGCCAUAGCCUUAAAAGCCCUCCAGGCAGUAGGACCGGGUAAAGAAAAUCAGAAAGUUCUGAUUCAAGAAGCCGACCGUAUCAUGGGGCUCGCAGCUGUUGUUCUUGCAAAAGCAUUGGGUUUUAAAGUAUUCUGCACCGUUUCCGACACUUGCGAAGUGUCUACAAGGACCAUUCUUCUGGAGCUGGGGGUGGAUUUUGUGAUGGCCCAGAGCUCUCAGAGUCUUAAUGAUGAUUCUACUGAACCGUUUGACGAAGUGGUUUUCCUCUACCCACCUCCUCCAAAUGCUCUUCAAAAAAGCAUUCAGUCUAUUAAAAGCGGAGGAAAAGUUACUAUUCUUAGUAGUAGUUUUCAUGGAGACAUAGUUUUUCAUGGAAACGUUAACGUCAAAUAUGAGAGAGACGACAUCGCAGAUGUUUUUCUGACUCCUUCAGUAUACGAGAGACUCAGCUCAGAAAGUAUGAAGAUACUGAAUAGCAAAGGAACCAUUGAAAAACUUCAGGAGAUGGAAAUUACUUCUUUGGACUUGAGCGCUUCCAUCAAAGUUUCAAAUGCAUCAAUUCCCCAACAGAAUUGUCGACCACAAAUAAAGUCAGUUGCAGCAAUGCCAAUAGUUAUUUAUUCAUUUGGUUUAUUUGACGAGAACAGUCUGCAGGGCAUCCCCAUACUUUCGCGAGGAUUAGAUGGGUGUGGUUUAAAAGGAAAUAGAACGUACUUGAUAGCAGGAGGGAUGAGAGGAUUUGGAUUCGAAGUAGCUUCUUGGAUGGCAGAGAAUGGAGCGAAAUCAAUAGGACUUAUUGGUCGCUCUAAGCCUUCUAAUGCCAAAUUACUUGAAAUACGACAGCUUGAGAGGAAGACUGGCGCGAAAAUCCACACCUUUCGGGCUGACAUAUCAAACUUUGACCAAAUGACUUCACUACAAGAACAGAUAAACUCUCUUCCAGCUGUGGCCGGAAUCGUUCACACUGCUAUGGUCCUUAGAGACGAAUUCAUCAAAGAUCUGACGUUUGAGAGCUUUCAUGAGGUUAUGGGCCCUAAGAUCAAAGGUUCGUUUCUGCUUCACCAAAUGAGCUUGUCGAUGGAUCUAGAUUUUUUCGUGAUGUUUUCAUCCAUGGCUUCAAUUGUUGGCAAUAUGGGCCAAUCGUCGUACUCUGCCUGCAAUGCCUUCCAAGAUUCACUGGCUCAGUACCGGAGACAUGUGCUGGGUCUUCCAGGACUGGCUAUUAACUGGGGACCAAUCAGUGGUGCAGGAGUAAUGGAGCGAGAAGCAGGUGUCGCUAAAUUACUGACAAUGGCGGGAUUGGGCUUUAUAAAUGCCAAAGAAGGUGUUAAACACAUGGCAAAAGUACUAAUGGAAGAUCCAGGUCGCUGCCAGAUCUCCCUGUUUGACGCAGACUGGCCUCGAUUCAUAAAAAGUAAUACAGGACUAAGGAAGAGCCGUCGUCUCUUGGAAAUAACUGCUGAAAUCAGUGGCUCUGAGAGCCAGAACGGUUCAACAGAGUCUCUAGCACAACGGAUUAUUCUCGAGAAAGAUGCAGAAAAGAGGGCUGAACUUGUGAAUGAGUACGUUGCCACCUUAGUCACAGAAUGGACCGGAAUUUCCUCACCUUCUGAAACCGACUUAAACAAAAGCUUGUACAGCUACGGGGUAGACUCUACUGCCGCCCUGACCUUGAAAAUGCAGCUUGAAUCAAAUCUGCAGGUGUCUUUUGAGGUUUUCUACUUUAUGCAGCCCGAUACCACUUCACUUAAGAUGGCCAAAGACAUUAUUGUAAAGCUUGGUGGACAAACAACAAAACAAGAGCCUGCAAGCAAACAACCAGAGCACAGCGAGAGCCGGCAAAGUGAGUCUCUGCAAACAUAUGCAAACUCUUCUAUUUCUGGUGACGUUUCAAGAAAUCAAAUACAAGUUGUACCGCUGUACACUCCCACUGGCGCAGCUGUCAAGUUUUUCUGCGUCCACCCGUCGCAUCGUUAUGCCUUAAGUUUGGUUCCAAUCUCUAGCGGGUUCCAAGGACAGGACUUGGUUUCUUUUUAUGCCCUGGGCUUUACUGACCCCACAGUCGUCAGCAAGGACUGGGGUGGAGUGCGUGAGCUUGCCAGACAAUAUGUACAGCUGAUCAUGAGGGAACAGCGACAUGGACCAUACUUUCUUGGUGGAUAUUCCUACGGGGGGCUUCUUGCUUACGAAAUGGCCUCUCUGUUGACAGAACAGAAUCAAAGGGUGGAGUUUGUGGCUAUGAUUGAUACAUUUCCCUGGUCUCCACUAACGCGGGUAGUCAGCCCUAGACUGGCCUCCACGCAAGAUGAAAGAACCUCGCAACAACUUCGGCAUAUUAAGAUUCAGUUUGAAAACUUCCUAAAAAAACUGGCUCUUGAUACUCUAAAGAUGACUUCGGAUGAAUACCAACAGCUGACGAGAGGUCACAAUCAAGACUGGAUCAUAGAUGAACUACAAAAAAGGAGCUUGGAGAGGGGACUAGUUUCUUACAAUCUAAGGACUCUUCUUGAGUCUCUUCAAAAGGACCAAAUUUUUGCUAGUAAAACACACAAUGAAUGGGGACCUCCUGAGAUUCGUUACAGAGGUCCUCUCACUUUCCUUGAGAGCCUAGACACCCGCCUCACUCCCAGGCUUCGCUCAAACGAGGGCGCUGAAGAAGUGUGGGGCCAAUUGGUGGACGGAGGUACCACAGUGCUAACUUGUCCUGGUGAUCACUAUUCCUUAAGCGAGUUACCUCAUGCCCAUGUGACAGGAAGUAUCCUAGCGACAGCCCUCGCUCUCAAUUACCGCAUGUUGUUUCCAGAAUUUCCCAGACCUGCGAGAACGUUUAGCCAGAGACGUGCUGUGGAGAAACUUUGCAAUGGAGUUAAUGUGUUCCUUCAUUCAAAACGAGGUAACAAAAAGCCUCAUUUUGGUGAGUUACUCUUCCAUGAAGAUGCCAAUAAACUCGGGUUGAGAUCAACCGCAGAUGAAGGAGAAGCAAACGAGAAGGAGAAAAUAAAAAAAGUUAUCGACCUCAAAGAUCUUCGCAUGGUACAGCCGGGAAGACUCGUGUCCAAUGCUCUUAAGUACUCCGGCCGCAGACGUAAAGUUGGAGUCCAUCAGAGUGGUAACCUGGAACGAGUUGCCUCCGUCAUAACUGCUAAACGAGUCUACAACUUGGAAUUCAUCGACUACUGCGAUUUAAAAGCGUUCUACAACACGAUAGAGACUGUAUUUGCCGUUAAAUUAUUAACCACUUGAAUUUUUCCUUUUAUUAUUAGAGUGAAACACAGCCCUUACUUUGAAGAGGCUUAUGUAUAAUUUAUUAACUAGGCUAUUGUUAGAAGGAUUUAAGCAUCUUACAAAUUCAUACAGAUAUCAAGUUAUGUUAGAGGUAACCUAGAAAACGUGAAAGGAAUUCAAAAUUUGAAAUAUGAAAUUAAUCGCAAGACAUUCACUCAAAGUGAUUGAAAGUCCUUAAACGUAAAGCUCUGGAACAAUCCAAUAUCAGACUGGGACGUAGCAUCAUAGUUUCUAAAGAAUCCGUGGUGCUGCGUCGGUGGGAUAGUAUUAAAGGGUAAUUUAGUGUUAUCAACCUAAUUAAUAACGUAAACUGGCCACUGUAAAUAGUUUUAAAGCUGACGUUUCGAGCGUUAGCCCUGCGUCGGAGCGAAUGACGAAUGGCUAACUGACGAAGAUUCCUGCUGACAAAAGGGGCUAACGCUCGAAACGUCAGAUUUAAAACUCUUUAAGGUGGCUAGCUUACGUUAUCAAAACACUUGAUAUAUCCCUAAUUACCCUGUUGUGACCUGGAAAACUUACAAAGGUAAUGUGGUCAGCUCUCCUAUUUGGGAUUAGUUGGCUUUAUGCGUCAAGAAAAGUCAGUGACAGUUUAGCGAUAAGUUUUCAAGCUUUUACUUUUCGAGGUCUUUCUUUCGAGGUCUCGGGUCUCAGCCUUAUUAUAAAGCGCGCAGGAGGCAACUAGAGCACGAAAGAAGUGUAGGGGGGAAACAUGAGACUUUUUCAAGUGUUUUCCCUAAUCUUUUCGGAAGAUGGCCAAUAGCAAUUGGCAGAUAGCAUAGCAGCUCCAUGUUUUUUACUCAAAUAAAAACGCUCCUUCAACCAAUGACAGCGCGCUUUAAACCCGGACAUUAUUGUAAAUAUUCAUGAAAUUGCUCUAGAUUAUUUCCUCUUAAACUUCUGCGAGCGUGUGGAAAUUUCCUCUUCCGUGCUUAUCACACAUUGUUUUAACAAAAAAUCCCCUAGUGAUUCCAAGUCGAUCAAAGAGCUACAUCAAUCUUUUAAUCUUUGAAAUAGAGACGAAAAUAUUGCUCUAGUAAAUAGAUUUGUUAAUUAUGUCGAAUCUCUCGCAGCAUCUAAAUAAUACUGUUUCAACACUUUAUUUUGGUUCGCCUGAUGCUUGUUUGUUUGUUCCCCUAAUCAUUUGAGGAUUUUGAAAUCCACUUUGUAGUAGUAUCAAAAUUCUAGGCGACUAACAUAAACUGAUAGCAAGCGAUAACACUGUAGAUUUAUUCAAGUCAGGCAUAACGUUUUGAAAAUUCUUUCGACAAUUGUUCGGAUUACAACGACGAGGCUAAAAGCAACUGUUAAAAGACAAAAUUGGCAUCAAACAAGAAAUUUCUGUAGAAUGUAUAUGUGAUUCUACUUUAUUUGAGUGUUGGGAAAAUGAAUGGAAAUAAUUUAUCGUAAGCCAUUUAGUAGAAAUAAAAAAAGCCAGCUGAA